UCUUGUUCAUGUUCAUGUUCAUACACAAAUUCCUUGUAUAAAUUUGUAUCGUUAUUUUUGCGUGCAACACUCAAUGAUUUUUCUCUCUUCUGCUUCAUAGUCAGGAGUCAGGACUACAAUUGUGUUGUCAGGUGUACUGAGUUGAUUUGCUGGUUUUGAACCAGAUUUCAAUAAUGAUUCUCUCUGCUCUUCUAACAUCAGUUGGAAUUAACUUUGGCCUAUGUUCUAUAUUUUUCACCCUCUACACUAUAUUGAGGAAGCAACCUUGUAAUAUUACCGUCUAUGCACCACGCUUAGUUUCUCAAGGAAAACGUUCGUUACCUACUACUGAUUGGGUGAGAAAAGCAUGGGAGACCUCUGAAGAAGAAUUUUUAUCAACAGCAGGCUUGGAUGCUUUUGUCUUCAUGCGAAUAUUUGUAUUUAGUUUAAAAAUAUUUACUUUUGGUGGAAUUGUGGGGCUACUCAUUCUUCUUCCAAUUAAUUGUAUGGGGAGUCAGCUUCGUGAUGAUUCUGUUUUUCAAAACAAGUCUUUGGAUUCCUUCAGUAUUUCUAAUGUUAACAAUGGUUCAAACAGGUUAUGGAUCCAUUUUUGUGCCACUUAUAUUUUCACUGGAGUUGUCUGCAUUCUUCUUUAUUAUGAGUAUGCGUAUAUUUCAUCAAAAAGAAUUGCUUGCUUCUAUUCAUCCAAGCCUCAGCCUCAUCACUUUUCUAUAUUAGUAAGAGGUAUUCCUGUUCCACUUGGAAGCACCUGUUCCGAUGUUGUUGGACGCUUCUUCCAAGAGUAUCACCCUUCAACUUAUCAUUCACAUGCAGCUGUUCGUCGAAGCAGCAAACUUCAAAUUCUAGUUACUGAUGCUGAGAGACUGUACAAAAGGCUUACCCAACUGAAAAAUAAAGAUAAUGCUCCUCAACGGCAUAGACGUGAUGGAUGUUUGGGACUUUUUGGCCACAAAGUUGAUAUGUUAGAUCAUUAUGAAAAGACAUUGGGAGACAUUGCAGAUAAUGUGAGAAUAGAACAAACUUCAUUGGCAGGAAAGGAAGUUCCAGCAGCCUUUGUCUCAUUUAAGUCACGGUUUGGUGCUGCAAUAGCUUUAAACAUUCAAGAAGGUAUUGAUCCCACAGACUGGAUUACUGAGAAAGCCCCAGAGCCUCAUGAUGUUUAUUGGCCUUUCUUUUCUGUCACAUUCAUUAGAAGAUGGAUCAGCAAGUUGGUAGCUUAUGUUACCUGGAAUGUUCUUACAAUUCUAUUUUUAAUCCCAGUUGCUUUAGUACAAGGUCUUACCCAUCUUGAUCAGUUGGAAACAAUGUUCCCUUCUCUGAGAUGCAUAUUGAGAAUGGCAGUUGUCAGCCAAGUUAUAACAGGAUACCUUCCCAUUUUGAUUCUUCAGAUGUUUCUGUUCUUUGUGCCACCUAUUAUGAUCAUGCUUUCAUCCUUGCAAGGAUACAUAUCAUGGAGUCAGAUACAAAAAAGUGCAUGCUGUAAAGUAUUAUGGUUUAGCAUAUGGAACAUUUUCCUUGCAAAUGUAUUAUCAGGGUCAGCUCUCUAUCGAUUGAAUAUCUUUCUUGAGCCCAAAGAAUUUCCCAGAGUACUAGCCGAAGCUGUACCAGCACAAGCAUCAUUUUUCAUAGCAUAUGUUGUGGCAUUCGGAUGGACUAAUAUAGCAUCAGAACUCUUUCAAUUGAUUCCACUUCUUUACAAUUAUAUUAACAUAUUUUUUGUUGGAGAUAGUGAUGAAUCUGGUGAUGAUUUUGAGGCACCAUCAAUUCCUUACCACAGCGAAAUUCCCAGGAUUCUUUUCUUUGGUCUUCUUGGUGUUACAUACAUCAUCCUUGCUCCUUUAAUACUUCCAUUUCUCUUAGUCUACUAUUGUUUAGGAUACAUCAUUUACCGCAACCAGCUCUUAAAUGUUUAUGUGGCCAAGCACCAGACUGGAGGAGAGUUUUGGCCUAUAGUGCAUAACUACACAAUUUUUUCAUUGGUGCUGAUGCAUAUUAUAGUAAUUGGGAUAUUUGGGUUGAAGAAGCUUCCAGUAGCAUCAGCCUCGACUCUACCCCUUCCUAUUCUCACACUUCUAUUCAAUGAGUAUUGCCAGAAACGGUUCUUUCCUAUUUUCAAGGGUUAUCCUGCUGAGUGUUUGAUCAAGAAGGAUAGACAAGACCAAAAUAACCCUAACAUGUCUGAAUUUUAUGAUAAGUUGGCCAAUGCAUAUAAUGAUCCAGCUCUUAUGCCAAUCAAAUACUCAGGAAGAUUCGGUAGUCACAAGCUUCCUCUACUUCAAUCCUCAGAUGUUUAAAGUUGAUAAUUUCCUAGGCUUCACUUGUAACUAACAACGUAUAUAGAAUCUAGCAGAUGGUUUGUGAUGCUGGUGUAAGGCAGCCUACCUUCAACUUCUAACUCUUUUUUUCAGUUUAUAUUUGAUGAUACUCUAUAUUGCAUGUCCUCUUGAUUUCUGCAUGAGAUUUGUCAGCAUUUUUUUUUAUAUUUUAUAUUACAUUAAUUACAUAUUAGAGA